UCCACCCAGUUCAACAGCCUGGCAGAAAGGCAGUGGUCAGUGUCACCACAUAGAUGGAUAAGCACUGAUUUGACAGCUCGUCUAUGGAUGUUCCUGUUCAAACAUUGGUCUCUCCAGCGGUACGGGGGGGAAGAGUUGUAAAAAAUUAUCAUACCAUUUAUUUUUUCUGCCACAGAAAUUGGCACAAACUGAUUUAUAUAUUCCAGGAAUUCAGACAUGUGUAACACAGGAGGUCUUCACUUUUUAAAAAUUUUUUUUGAAGUAAUAGAGAACUUUGAUGGAGCCAUAUUCUUGGCUUCUUGUCUGGUGUUUCUAUUGCCCAGUAAUACAAGAAACUCCAGACUAUACAGGUGUGAAUUCUCAAAUGAUGUCCACUGAUGCUCACCUCCGGGCCGUUAAUGAGAAUCCCAUCAACUGUGAAAUUUUGGAACAGUUUGCCUAUUCUAACUCCGACUGAGUGGAAUGAUGCUGACUUGAUUUUUAUGUUUAAAAAAUGCUAGCUUAGAGUCUUCCUCUACCCAGGCAGCACCUCCCAGUCCCUGCUGCCUCUGUCCCUCCACAGAAGGUUCCAGAUUUAAGAUUAGAGCACAAAAACCAGUAUGGAAUUUAAAACUUUAAAACUUUUUUUACCAGAUUAAUAGCUCUAUAUCACAACAGACAAUGGGGGUGGGAGGGGUGGGCAGGGACCAAUUACUAUGUUUACAGAGUUCCCAUUAAUCCUGCUUUUAGCCCCAUAGUUCUCUCUUGUCUUCCAAUACCUGGUGUUUCGAAGUCCCAACUCUCCCCAAGAUCUGUGGGACAGAUCAGUUCCCUUCUCUGUAUGUCCGUCUAGAGUUUAGUAGAGGCAAUCCCUAGGCGUUAGGGAGAGGUGGUGUGAUGACUCAAACUUGGGAAAGCCCUGUCACCUCUCUGGGCCUCUUGCCCUCACCUGACCUUGGCUUCAGUGGUAGAGCCUCUGUGUCCUCGCAUUCACUCCUGAGCAAAGCAGCCGGGACUUCUGUUCAGAGAAAGGAUGAGCCACGAGGCUCCUUAAGGAAGAAAGUCCCUGGGGACACAGGAGAACACAGCAGGCCCCCAGGAGGGAGCUGUCCUGGCGGCUGGAGUCAUAAAUAGCCAUCGUGUACUGUUUAGGGCUGUGAACACAGCGUGCGUCAUCGUGAUGGACGGCGGGCCUCGGCCCAGCAGAAGCCGACUCCAGAUGGGACCUCUGGGAAAGCCAUGGAGGGGACUGUGCGAUCACUCUUCUCUUUAGGGAGUAUCUUCGGCCUGACGGGAUAAAGACACACCCUCCCUGGGGGUCAGGUUGACUGCAGGCCCAGAGUGUGUAGCCACCAGGGGCUUCUGGGAUUAGAUAUGACAAAGGAGACAAAUCCAGAGGUUAACAGCUUCUGCCUGUGUCUGCUGGAGCCGACACAAGAGGUGGUCCAUCGGUGUGCAGGAAGUUUCCAGCAAAUGCUCUCGGGAUCCAGCCCGCGGGGGAAGGAAGCGGGAACGGGCAGAGGGAGCAGCGUGGCUGUGGGGCAGUCACGGGAGGCUCUGAGGCGGAUGGCUGUUCAUAGUUGUUCUAAGCUGGGGUGGAGGGGUCGAGCCCCAGUAUCCCUGCGUGGACCCGCGCUGGAUGCAGGCCCCCCCAGAAUGGGGCGCGACCUUGGAUGAGGUGGCGCUUAAGCCAAGGACAAUUCCUUGAGAGGGCUGGCAGGUGAGAUCAGUCAGCCUACCCACGACCUUCCCAGGAGCUGUGGACCAGGCCCUUCAGUCCCGAAGGGGAUCUGGGCAGUAGAGCACAGUGUCCCGAGAGUUUGUACCCUGCGACUCCGCCAAUCACUGUGCCUUGGCAUUCGCUCUGCAGACUGUUUUGGGCCUGGGAUGGAGGGAAGGCGGUGGAGGCCGCGAGCCAGGCGUCCACAUGCGAGACUCCCCUUGCAGAACCGCGACGGCUGCCGUGCUUCGUUCCCACAAGCUGUCCCCGCGGCCCUUCCGGUAGGAGAACGGAGCAGCGGGAUGCGUUGUAAUGGACCUAACUUAGAAUCUGGACAGACGCUCCUCCAGAUGUUCCGGAGGACUCCGGUCAUCUGUCACAAGAGCCACCUGCAGGAGACUCCCUGAGGUUGAGAGUGGCAGCAGGGAACGGGACGAUUGUUCAUUUCUCUCUGUACCAGCCUCUGCGACCCAGGAUCCAUCCAACAGGAAAUCCGCCCUGGUUUACUGUCCAGGUGGGGCCAUAGCGACAGCCGGGAUUCGCUGGGACCUGCCCCGGUUUACCUGGACGUCUUCGCACAGUGCCUGACACCUGCUAGCACUCCCUGGAAGGCACGGAUGCAGGCGGCUUGGCCUGUCUCGUCGGUGGGGAUGAUGACAGGGCCUACACCUCGAUCCGCUGUCUUUUAUUUCCUCUAAAUUCUUUUGUGGUAAUUUAUAUUUUCCUAAAAUUGCCCACUUCAUCUGUUUUUUAACUCUCAGUUCCCAGACAGCAGCCCUUGUCUGCCUCGUCUGCUGGUGUGUCCCCAGCACCAGCACAAACUGGAGCAGGCUUCCAAUAAAUAUUUGUCGCACGUGUGACUGAGUGUGGGAGGACAGAUGAUGUUAGAGAAAAGAAGAAUUAAUUUCUCCCCGAGCUGUGACUCAUUUUUUUUCCGGCCACCCUUGGCCUCUUCUCAUUCAAAACAUCGACACAAAAAGUGAAGUUCCAGCGCCGCGAGGGCUGUUGCCGAAAUGAUAUUUUAAAAUGCCAUCACCGGGAGGCGGCGGGGGAGUCUGCGGCCAGGGGCGAUGUCCCAGCUUCGCCGUUCCCGUGGGCCCUUUGUCUGAGCAUCUGAGCCCCACUCUGAGCUUCCUCCACGCCCCGCUCCUGGAGUAUUUCCCAAGAGUGGGUGCGAACCCCCUGGGAGCCAGGCGCUGUGCUGGUCCCCGCAGGUUUGUUUUCCCCCUCCCAAACUGUCACACUCCAUUUUUGAGGGUCCGCGGAGGCCUCGGGGUGACCGAACUGCUGGCCAGCUCGGGAGCGGCCCCGGGGACCACCCGAGGGGCGGGGCCGUGGCCUGCUCACCGCGCAUCGCAUUGCGCUGGCUCCUCCCUCCGAGGUUCCAGGCAGUUGGACCCGCUCGGGCUUGGGCUUGAGCUGUGCGAGGCCCCGCUGCGGCCUGCCCUGCCGGGGCCAUGGAGAAGCCGGCCAAGAAAAUCAAGAAAGGUACCAGGGAGCGGGAGAGGGCGAGGCCCUGGGACCAAGCCUUCCCCACGUCCCCUCUGUGGAAUGGGGACGUCGCUUGUUCACCGGGCCGGCUUUCGGGGUGCAGCCCUGAGUGCUGACAAACGUACGCCCACGUUGAACCUCCACUACAGUCAGGUCGCGGAACUGUUCCCCCACAUGCACAUGCCAAUGACCCUGCGCUGUCGCUUGGCCGCCAACCCCUUCCCCAACCCCGAACCCCCCCACUCCCCGAUCUGUCGUCUCUAGUUUGUCCCUUUCCGUGGAGAGUGUCAUAACAAUGGAAUGACCUAGUGUGGAGUCUGGUGAGUCCAGCACCUUUCACUUAACCCUGCUGUCUUUGAGACACGGAUCAUGUCAUAAGCACAUUCAAUUUGCAAGCGAAGCUGGUGCUCAGACCCAGCCUAAGAUGUCACUUCUCUGUGUGCUGGGGAGCCAAGGCCCAGGGAGGGACGACCUGCUCCCAGUGGCUCCUAUAAUCCUGAGAAGCCUCCGCGGACAGCGCCUAUGGCACACCAGGUCACCUUCUUGUGCAGACAGAGCACCUGUGGUUUGGGACCGUGAGGUCGGAGGCUUAACUGGCCAGCCGCCCACAGCAGGAUGGGGGAGCAGGGAAGCCCCUAGCUCUGCUUGGGGAGGUCUCCUGAGCCCCCCAAUCACCAGUCCCAUGGAUGUGGCAAAGGCUCGGCAAGUAGCAGUUUGUCACUUGUUCUUAAGGAAUAAUGUGCGUGAAAUGCUGGAAAACACAGAAUACAGCACAUCUUCCCCAGAAGUUUUCUGUGUCCUGAAAAUGAGUGUCCCCAGCAGCCUCCUCUCUGGGAGAUGACCUGUUAUUAAUCACUCCCUGGGGCUUUGAAACUUUUCUCGCCAGGCUUAGUUCUCUAGGAAACGUCUGAACCCCUCCCACUCCCUUUUGUCCCGGGUUCUCCUCCAGACGCUCUUUUCCUGCUCGGCAAGGCCACUGUCAUUGCCAGGACAAACUCGGGGGACUGCAGUAACCUUUUCGUUUCCCAUUUCUGCUCUGGACCCCACAAUCCAUGCUCCACUCAGCAGCUGGGGAGGUUUUUUCCGAUGCAGAUCAAUCGUGUCCUGUGGAAAUCCCGGUGGCUUUCGUGGUGAGCUAAGCCAGAGGCAGCAGGAGUGUCUGCCUUGGCCCUUCCGGCCGCCCCUACUGGUCCCCUUCCAGCUCCUUCGCGUCUCCGGACUGUGCUCCCUUCUGCCACCUUUGCCUAAAUACUUCCUAUUGGCCCUUUCGACCUCAGUUCAAAUUUUACCUCCUCUGUGAAGCCUGACCGCCUUCCCCACUGGCGACCUUGGUCUCCUGCACUUGUCCUCCUGGCUCCAGCUGUUAUUCGGCAUGUAUACACGAGCCUGAUUGCUGUGUCUCCUCCACGAGGUGGGACGAUCAUGGGGGCAAGAAAUACUUCCCGAAUCAGUAAAUACUUGUUGAGUGAAUGGAUAAUAGUAACCAAUAUUAAUCAGACAGUCACAGUGUGUUAACCAUGCAAACACCUCUAACUGUCCCAUUUAAUUCCCAUAACGCCCCUCCCAGUGGGACACCUUUGUUGUCCUCGCUUUACUGCUGAGGAAACUGAGGAAUAAGAGGUUGACUGCCCUCGGGGUCUGGCUGUAGGACCCCAGUGCCCACUGUCACGCCGCCAUCUGGACGAAGGACUAAGUCACGGCUCCCUCUCUUUACUAAAGGACCGCCAGUCAACUUCCAGGGCAGGUCAUCUGUACACAGCUUGAGCAAGACUCUGGAGACCAAACUCACCGUGGGCAGCAUGGGACUGGGCCUGAUCGUCAUCCAGCACGGGCCCUACCUCCAGAUCACCCACCUCAUCAAGAAGGGGUCUGCCGCCAAGGACGGGAAACUCCACCCAGGUGAUGUUCUGAUCAGCGUUGGCCAUGCCAACGUGUUAGGAUACACGCUUCGAGAAUUCCUGAAGCUUUUGCAACACACCACCACAGGAACAGUGCUACAGAUCAAGGCUUACCAAGAUUUCAUCAACAUACCCCAGGAGUGGCAAGAGAGAUACGAUUUAAUCCCUGAGACCAAAUUCCCAGUCACGCGCCCAAAACAGACAACUGGGCAGACCAAAGACAACCCUUGCACCAGCAGCGACACCGAAGAUGUAGUUUCAGAUAAAAAACUCAAGUAUUACAAGUCUCCGCAGGCCCCCGGGCAGAGCCCUGCGCGGAGGCCCAUGUCCAUCUCCAGAGAAUGGCACAGCUACAGGAAGAAGAGCCACACUGUCAGCGUGGGGAAGAACACCGACUGCGACGUGGUCAUUCACAGAGACCACAAGAAGGACGUGAGGGCGCCCUCCCCGUACUGGACCAUGGUGAAGCGCGACAAGGACAGCUCCUCCUCCUCCGGCUCCUCCGCCUCAGACGCCUUCUGGCUGGAAGACUAUGCCCAGGCCGAAAAGGGCAAGGGUCAGCCUGCACAAAAGCCCGCGAAGCAGUAGUUGGCGAAUCUGCCAUCACGGGGCAGGUCCCUGGAGGACAGCCUGGUUUUGGGCGCGGCCCGUUACGGCCUCGCUCUGCUUACAGGAGUGUGUGCUGACUGACGAGGUCUCUUGCACGACGGUCUGAAGCCUUUGGACCUCUUUCGCCGCGACAGCCAAAGACUGCCCUGGGGUGUCGCAGGCCUCACAAACUUUAUUCUCAAAAUAGCAGCAUCACUGAGAUCACUAAGACGUCCCUUUCCCAGAAGGGUGUCUCCUUUUAGAAAACGCAGCAGAGCAACCCCGUGUGAGUAUGAGCGUGUGAGCACGGCGGGGAGUGUCACGUUUUAAGGUAGCAACGAAGCCGUGUUACUGUCCUCUAAUGAGACUAAUGGAGCUUGCUCUCUAUUCCCCUGCCCGCUGCCCAGCUCUGAAGGUUUUCUUGCUGUGAGGUUACUGUCUCUAUCAGGGUUUCCAACCUGGAUGGAGUUUAAAAGUCAAAAACACUGCCUCUGUCUCCCCACCCCUAUUCCAUCUCAGGACUGUUCUACAAACUGAUAUUGAGAAUUCAGUGCAGAAUCUUGGACCCGCAGGUGCUCUGAGAAUCAGUGACAUGAGAAUCACUGGUUAAUACUAAUACUGUGUUAGACCUAAUAAACAAGUCAGGUUAAUACAUGCAUUCUCGACUGGAGCAUUGUUGUUCAAAGGAAUGAAAAUUGGUUCUUAAGAAAAAAAAUCUUACUCCUUUUACAUGUAGAGUACAAAUAAACAUACAGUACAUAAACAGACAUAUAGUGUAUCUAUGGUAUUGAAAAUUCAUUGAGGGGGUAGAAAAAAAUGGGCUAAAACGACUCCUUGGGAAUGGGUCAAGAUGUUGAGAAUCACAGGCUAUGGGUAUGAGACUGAACUUUUAAUCAAGUUAUCAAUUUGUGCCCUAAAAUGAAUAGUGUCUACAUACAUGGAGUCAACUCGGGAAGCCAUCCUCUCUACUGACAUUUUGCUAUGGAAUGCUGCCAUGGCUCAAAGUCUUCUAGCACUGAUUUCUUUAGAAUUUCCUUGACCCUAGGGACACUUUUAAAAAUGCUACUAACUUUGUUAACAUCUUGGUAUUUGUCUUGAUACAUACACGCUUUAUUAUUUUUUAUUAAAGUAUAGUUGACAUAUA